AUGAGUUAUAAUAAUCCAGGUGAUCUGGAUAACGAAGAUGAAGAUAAUGAUUAUAAACAAUUUGAAAUCAAAGAUGGUCAUAUCUUUUUAAUUGAGAUCACUCCUGCAUUAUUAAAACCAUUACCUGGAUCAAGUGAUUCCCAAUUAUUCUUAAUCUUACAAAGUAUCAAUGAUUUGAUGAUUGAAUUGAUUAAGACUAUGAGAAGUACUGGUGUGGGGAUAUACUUUUAUAAUUGUGAUACCUCUGGUUUAAGUAAAUCAUCAUCUGUCCUCAAACCUGUCAGACACUCCACAAAUGGAUUUGUUAAAUUGUUUAAAUUGAAUUUUGUCAACUUAGCUAAUAUGAAAGCAUUGAAUGAUUUAAUUAGUGAUGAUAUAAAGUCAAUCAGGUCGAUUAAUCAUUAUUUCAAAUAUUUGGAGAAUCAUGAUACAGAGAAUUUACCUACCAUAUUUAAUAGAUUAUUAGAUGAAAUUAAUAAUAAACGAGAAUUUAAUCGGAUAAAAUUACAUUGGAUCACCAAUAAUUCAACUCCUUUCAAACAACCUGCUACUAAAGAGAAACUUUGGUUAAUUAUUAAUGAUAUUUAUAAUUUUCGAUAUUUUAUAAAUCCCAUAUUUUUAAAGCCUUCGGCACAAGAAGAAUUUGAUGUUUCAAUGUAUAGAGAUAUCUUCAUAAAUACCAAUUAUUUGACUAAGACUACGCGUAACAAUCACGAAGAUGAUAGUGAGUAUGAUGAAGCAGGUGAACAUGGUAACGAUGAUGAAGAUGGUUCCAAAUUAGGUUCAUUGAAUAAACAAUCAACUAUUUUAAAUAAUCAAAUUCGUCAAGAAAUCUUAAGAAUUAAAGAGAUUAGAAGAAUCCAAUUCUCAUGUGAUUUAAUCCUUAGUGAUGGUCCUACUAUUGGAGGUAAUUUAGGUUGUUCUGUCAAAGGGUAUACCUUGUAUAAUAAAGAAACCUAUAAGAGUCAAAUCAUUUUACAUAAUGAGAACGAUUCUCUUAAGAAAGUAUUCCUUGAAUCAAAGACUGUGAAUGAAUCAGGUGAAGUGAUUGAUUUAGAUAAUCCUAAUAGUGAAGACUCUUCUGCUUAUAAAGCGAAAUCAUUACGAGAAAAGAAAGCGGAGCAUAAUAUAUUCCGAGGUCAUGAAUUAGCAGGUGGUGACGUUAUAUAUCUUAAACCAGAAGUUGAAGAUUUCAUGACUAAUUAUACAUUUGAUCAUGGUAUGGCAAAAAAGAAAGAUAAAGAUAAUAAUGAGAUUGAAGAUGAAUUUGGAUUUGGAAUUCAUGAUGUGGAUGAAGAUGAAGAUGAAACUAAUGGUACCUCAAAAUCUCUGGUUGAAUAUACCAAACCUCCAUAUCUUAAAUUAAUUGGAUUUAGAGAUAUUGAAAAUUUAGAUAUAUCUUAUAAUUCCAAAGCACCAAUAUUUGUCACUGCUGAUUUAAAUAAUGGACUUAAGAGUACAUCAGGUGGUAGAGGAGGAUAUAAUAAUUCAUUUAAGACUUUUUCAUCAUUAUAUCAAUCAUGUAUUAAAUUAAAGAAAUAUGCUAUUUUAUUUGGAUGUAUUAAAAAGAAUUCCAAACCAUUAUUAUUUUCAUUUUACCCUACCCGAAUUAAGUACUCAACAAGAAAUGUUCCAGACGAAGAAGAUUUUCCCGAAGGAUUUUUAUUACUUCGAUUACCUUAUAUAAAUGAUAUAAGAGUAUUACCUGAUUAUGUUAAGAAUUUUGGCUUUAAAGAAGGUAAUGAUGAAGAUGAAAAAUUCAUUUCCGAUGAAUUAGUGAGUAAAUAUAAGAAAUUAUUUGGUCUGUUCUUUUAUGAUAAUUAUAUUCCUAAUGAUUAUCCUAAUCCAUCGUUAAAUUAUUUAUACAAGAUUUUACAAGCGGAAUUAUUACAGAAUGAUUUAUCAUCUGAAGAUAAGAAAUUGAUUAAGAAUGAUAUUACUAGUUUGAAAGUAUCUGAGGUGAAGCAAUAUUUAGUGGGCAAUCCUCAAAGAGUAGCAUUAAUGGAUGAGAUUAAUAAUAAAUUACGUGAAAUUGAAGAUUCCAGUCAUCAAAGUGAACUGAGACGUAGAUUUGAUGAACAAUCAGGAUUAGAAUCAAUGAAGAAGAGACAGAAAGUGGCUACUGCUAAAUCUGCCGCCGCAUCAGCAUCAUCAGCCCCAGUAAUUGAUGAAGAGGGGAUUCUUCAAGCUUGGAAAAAUGAUGAGUUUAAUAAAUUUACUGUACCUCAAUUAAAACAAUUUCAACAAACUUAUCGUGAUAAAAUUAAAUCGGCUACAAAGAAACAAGAUUUAAUUGAUAAUAUUAAACUGUUUUUGGAUUCAAGGGAGAAAAGUUAA